GUUGCUCAAAUGUCCUGACCCUCUUUGGUGUCAUCAGGACAGGUGACACCGCCCCCCGGGAGGCUGCGGAGAUGUGGGGAAGGACCAUGGCCGGGCCCGCGCUGCGCAGCGCCCCCGUGCGGCUGCUCGUCCUCCUGGCGCUCCUGGAGCUGAGCUUGGCGGGCUCCCUUGCACCCGGAUCGCCUCUGCGGACCCCGCCUGAGAACCACAUCGACCCCCCGGGCCCCGCGCUGUGGACGCCCCAGGCCAGCCACCACCGCCGGCGGGCCCUGGCCAAGAAAGAGCGGGGCGCGGGUUUGCCGGGGGCUGUGACCACCGCCUCCAGGCUGCCCGGGCAGAGCCCUGCGGGCCUGCGGGACAAGGACCUGCUGCUGGGGCUGGCGCUGCCCUACCCUGAGAAGGAGCACCGGCCUCCGGGGUGGGAGAGGGCGAGGAGACGCGGCCGGGAGCACAAGAGGCGCAGGAACAGAGCGAAGCUGCACAGAGGCCGAGCGCUGGUCCGAGGCCCAAGCUCCCUGAGGAAAAAGGCGGAGCUCUCGGAGGACCUGCUGGUAGACGCCACCAUGGAGGAGUCCUCCACCAGCCUGGCCCCCUCCCUGCUCUUCCUCACCACCUUGGAGGCAGCCCCCGCCACGGAGGAGUCCCUGGUCCUUCCUGUCACUUCCUUGCAGCCCCAGGCGCCAGCCAGGUCCGACGGGGAGGUGAUGCCCACGCUAGACAUGGCCUUGUUUGACUGGACCGACUAUGAGGACUUGAAACCCGAGGCCUGGCCGUCUUCGAAGAAGAAAGAGAAACACGGAGGCCUGUUCUCCAGCGGUGGUAACGAGACAGCGCCAGCCGAAGGGGAGCCGUGCGACCAUCACCAAGACUGCCUGCCAGGGACCUGCUGUGACCUGCGGGGACACCUCUGCAUACCUCACAACCGCGGCCUCAACAACAAAUGCUUUGACGACUGUAUGUGUGUGGAAGGGCUGCGUUGUUAUGCCAAAUUCCACCGGAACCGCAGGGUCACUCGGAGGAAGGGGCGCUGCGUGGAGCCCGAGACGGCCAACGGCGACCAAGGGUCCUUCAUCAACGUCUAGCGGCGACCUGCUUGGGAACUGAGCCCCGGAAGAGCUGAGCAGCCGGGAGAUUUGGGCGUAACUAGCAGAGGGAGAUGGCGUAGGGGACUAGGCGGCGGGGGCAGCUGAGAGCACCAGCUGCCUCUGUCCAGGAGCUGAAAAGCGGCGCACCUGCUCCUGCGUCUGGACCCGCGCACCUGGACUGGCCCAUCUGCGCCCGCACCUGUGCCCUGACCUCUGCACCUGCGCAACCCCCGUGAGGUCCCCAGCGGCUGUGCCGAGAGUGCCCUCUACCGUCCGACAGCAGCACUGCAGCAGUUUUUAAACUAUCAGCAAGGUUUGGCGAGUGGCAGAGAAAGGCGACGCCAGGCAGCAGAGUCUGGAGCACCCCCCUUGUACCAGGCAGGGUGCUCAGCGCGUGGCGUGCAUCAUCUCAAUGAAUCCCUACCACAGCCUUUCCAAGUAGCCAUUAUCAUUUUCCAGGUAAGGACAUAGAGCCACCCUCGAGCUACAAGAUUUGUCCUGGGACCCGGUUGGCUGAUCCUUGAGCCUUACGUGUGCGAGAGUCUCCUGGGGACCUGGCGAAAAUGCGGACAGGGAGAGCUCAACCUGGGCCAGGCCAUAGAUCAACAAGGCUCUGUUCCUGCCCUUCCACAGCCCGAGAAUUUAGUCCAAUUUUUCCAUGGCUUCCGGCAAGAAAAAUGCCUCUCCUUAUAGUUCCUUUGGCUGUGGCUGGAAUAUCUGGCUGUUCUCAGCCUCCCCUGGACAUAGAAGCAUCAUAUUUUUUUUAAUGCCCAUGAAACACUUGUUUUCGGUAAGGAAAUAUCCAGGCAGAUUGGUCCCCCCACCCUCUGGUAGCUUAUGUGCUGAGGCAUAGUGUUUGGGGAAGACAGUAACAUUAUUCCUUAAUUCCUGCGGGCCUGCUUAUGCCACCCUGGGACUUGCAUUUCCAAGUUGUCCUGAGAGAUUCUGCCACUGCUGUUCUGUUGCACACACGCUCUCUGAAGAGGACACGAGUCGCACAAAUAUGCCCACUUUGCAUAUCAUUUGCUGCUUCAUGCCCCUGCCAGGCAUUCCGGGACCCCACCCCACAGUUCUGCAGCAGACCCCAUUGGAAGUGGGGGCCUCUGCCUUGAAGCACCCCAACAAGCCAGACCCAUGAUGCCUACCCAGCACAUCCGACCCAGCACGUCCUGCUCCAGGGGUCACCUCUAAAGAGUCACUUAAUUCCCCCGAGCUGGCAUCUGAACCCUCUUGUGUCCAGGGCAAACCAGGCUGCAAACCCGGCCGCCUGUUUACUGCUUUGGGGAAAUCAGUCAAGGUCAGGGGCAGGCACCAAGGAAGGCAGGCAGAUCUUGAAGCAAUCAAAUACGCUUGCUCGUCUCUCCCUACCCGAGUUUGAUAGGCCUGGGAAUCUUGGGGGCAGAGGGAGGGCAGGGGAACUGAAAGUGAUCAAAGCUGGCUGGUAGGAGAGCAGAUCUGUGAGCAGUUUUGUGUUUGAGACCAGACGAGCUGCACGCUGGGUGACCUCCCGUGGAGCGGCCGGCCAGGGAUUGUGCAGCUCUAUGGGAGCUGAACCCUAUGAGGCGACUGCAGGCAGAGAACCAGCAAUAGCAGGACUAGGACGGCCUAACCUUGAUGCCCCGGAAGUCAGCGAUGGGGCUGAAAGGGCCUGUGCUUGGAAAUUCCAGGCCCCUCUUUGCCCCAGCUACCUCCAUUUUGCCUUUGCAAAGUGGGGAUCCCAGGGCCCCCUUAAGUGUUUAAUCCACCCCACCAGGACAUUUUCAAGUUUCUUUUUUUUUGUACCAGGAGUCAAACUCAGGACCUUGCGCUUGCCAGGCAGGCGCUUGUGCCGCUGAGCUAUAUCCCCGGCCCUCAAGUUUCUUCUUAUAGGUCUAAUUAAAUUUCUUCUUAAUUAAUUGGAGGAAGCCAACUUCCUCCAAUCCAGAAUUCACCAAACCUUUGUCAUGAGGGGAAAAUAAACACUGUAGGUUCUGCAGACCACAGGGUCUCUGCCAAACUGUUCAACUCUACCGCAGCUCGAGGCAGCCGUGGACAAGGUAGCAGUGAAUCGGUGUGGCUGUGUGCCAGUAAAAAACAUUUAGAGACCCAGGCUGGAAUUUCAUAUGACUUCCCUGGGUCACAUAAUCAUGUUUUAAUUUUCCAGAAGCAUUAAAAAAUGUAAAAAAAAAAAAAAAAAUCUUAGCUCACAGCUUUCAGAAAAACUGGCAGAGGGUCAGAUGUGGCCCAUGGGCUAUGGUUUGCCAACCUUGUGCUGUUAAUUCUCAGCCUCGACUGAGCAUUGGCAUAAUCAGGAACUUUCAAAAGACCUGAGGUCCGUGAAGAAAGACUCUAUUUUAAUAUAGAAUUCUCUUUUUCAGUGCUGGGGACGGAACUCAGGGCCUUGCACGUGCUAGGCAGGUGCUGUGCUGCUGAGCCACACCCCAGGUGGCCUGGGCUGUGGUCUGGCCUUCCUGUUCCUCUAACUCGCCCCAGGUGGUUAAAUGUGCAGCCGUCCACAGUCCACAGCGGUAACAGCUGGUGACAAAAGGGCUUAUUCCACCUCCCACCACCUUGCCGACCUUAGGAAAGUUACUUAAGGUCUCUGUGCCUUGACUUUUUCAUCUGUAAAAUGGGGAUAAUAACAGUUUCCUGGUAGGAGUAUUGUGAAGGCUAAAUACAUAAUUCUUCUGAGGUAUUUAGAACAGUGCCUGGCACCAAAUGCAACCCAAGUAACCUACUAAACCAUUCAGGAGGCUUUUAAAGUAGCUGUUGUGUUCUCAGGCCAUGAUCUGUCACAUACUCAGAUUAUGUCUUUUGCCAUGCAGGAAUGAGGUCUGAGUGUAAGUCAGAGGUCUGGGCCAGCCCCGGCAGCGUGUCGGCUUCCAGGUUCUGAGGGAGGGGCUUGGGAGCCAGUGUCUUUGCAAUAAUAGGUUCAUGAGUGUAAAAAUGAACCCAGGGAGAGUUUCUUCCAGAGACUCCCAAAUUCAUUUCUGUGCUGUGUCUGGUGACACCAAUGGUAGCUUUUGUGUGUGCUGCAAAAGGCCUGAGGGUUUGGAUGACCUGAGGAAAUGACAUCUUUAUUUACCCCGGGAGGAGUGACUGAGCCACAGAUCAAAUCCCAGAGUCACAGUCCCCACCCUGGAGAGCUGCAGGGCCACGUUCACCCCACCCAGUAUUGAGACAGGAGGUUCGGGCAUUCGCAGCUCCCUGUUUUGAGCUCCACUUUGCAGCUGCAGGCGGAAAACAUACACAGCAAGGAGCAUGUUUAGACAACAGAACAGCUAGCAAAGAAAAUGAGGAGGCGAAGCAGGACUUGGAGGCUCCCUCCCGUCUGGGGGCUCACAAUAACCUCCACGCUCACAGGCAACAGUGAGUGUGUGCGUGUGCUGGGCGUGAGGUGGGCAGUUUGUUGAAUCAGGGCUUUUCAUCACAGUGAGCGUGCGUUCUGAUUCUAUGGCAGAACAGGGAUGUAAGCCACUUCCGGCUGUCUCUGCUCCUCUGCCUGCUCACACCAUGGCCAGGGCCUGCAGCUGCGCCUGGAGCCUCGUAGAGGUGCAGCCCCUGGGCUCCACCCCGCACCUGAAUCUCUAGGCCAUUGUUAUGCAUGCUAAAGUCUGAGUGUCACAGGUCUAGGACGCAGAGGGGAAACCGAGCGCUGGACUGUUGGGGGACGUUUGGAUGCUUUCAGUCAUUUCUUUUGUUUUGUCAUGUUUGCGGUCCUAGGGAUGGAACCCAGGGAAUGCUGAGCUACAGCCCCAGCCUUGUUUUAAUUUUACUUUGAGGAAGGAUCUUACCAAGUUGCCCAGGCUGGCUUCAUACUUGUGAUCCCCCGGCCUCGGCUCCUGGGCCCGAGGCCCCCCACCCAGUCAUAGGGUUUCUUUAAGUGUGGGAGCAGCAAAGGAAGGGGUGCUGCACCCUUGGGGUCCUGUGACCACAUGUUGCAUGUGUUCUGUCAAGCUGUAAAUAAAGAG